AUGCGUCUCGCCAGCUUCGUCGCCGUCGCCAUUGCGGCAGCUCAGAGCGCUGUCGGGCUAGGGAUCAACUGUCACGGCGACACACGCUGCGGCAUCGCGUACCUCAGCGGGGGCCGCCUUUCACACCUUGGGACCGUCAUCAAGAAGAUUGACGACACGCGGAAAUACGAAAACGGCGAGGACAUUGCCUGCAUCGAAAUCGACUCGCUCAACUUCAAGGGCCCGUUCAAGAGCACGCUGUGCGCAUGGAUCGAAAACUACGACGACACCGUCUCGGGCGCCGCGAUCAAGGCCGCCUUCCAGGAGCUUCUGGACCACGGAUGCGGCAUCUGCGGAGCGGUGCCUCUGCUCUAUGCAAAGGGCGUGGACGACGUCAACAAGGGGGAGCUGAAUGUCGAUUUGGUGGACAGCCUGCCAGACGGUUGCAAGGCGAACGAGCCGUGCUCAGCAUGA